AUGACUUCACGCUUGGAUCGGUUGGUGGUGUUGCUGGACAACGGUUCUACAUCAGUCGUUCGUGAAGCCGCUGCAAAGCAAAUUGCUGAUAUUCAAAAAGCACACCCGGUUGAGCUUUAUAAUUUAUUGGGCCGUGUCGUCCCUUAUUUAAAGUCAAAGAAUUGGGACACCCGCGUUGCCGCUGCGAAAGCCAUUGGUGGUAUCGCUGAAAAUGUUCCAGUAUGGAAUCCAAAUGAGGAGUUGGUAAAAAGUGAACCGAAAGAAGAAGAUAAUGAAAUAGGAAACUCGAUCUCUGAAGAGGUGGAACAGUCAACACUUGCUGAAAAUUCUGCAGAACAACCAAAGGUUUCCCAAGGAGAAAGUGAUAAAACUGCUUCCAGGUUGCAGGAUUAUGAAGAGAAACGCUUAUCAAGUCGUUCUCAUUCAUUUAAUAACUUGGCUCCUAUAAAAGACUUUGGAAACGACUCUUCCAUAUCUUCCGAACUAAAUUCGAAGUUUGAAGGUAGCUUUCAGAAUUCUUUGCUUUCUUUUGAUAAUUUCAAUUUGGAAGACGUUAUGAAGCAUGGAACGAAAUUACUAGGCAGUGCUAGUCGUGACUAUGAUUUUACUCCAUCAGAUACUUAUUCUUCUCACUACAUUCAUCAAUUAUCCAAUCUCAAAAAUCGUCUAGGACUCGCGGGCGAGUAUUUGGACGAUGAACUCAUGCAAGAUUUGGGUAAUCAAUCCUCUCCUCAACAUAGACCUUCUCCGAUAUCUUUACAUCCUGAGCAAGAGGAAAAUCAAGCCUCUGUUGGGGCCGCAAAUAGCCCCAAUGAGUCUGAUGAUUUAUCUCAUUUAUCCGCUCGUCAACGCAAUGCUUUAAAACGUAAAGCUAAGCAAAUGAAAAGCUCCCAAAAAGUUCGUGUCAUUGAUGUGGCUCCCAACACCAACCAGCAGUCGUCAAAAACAACCAAAUCAGAUUCUAAUUCUGCUCCUGAAUAUAAUUUUACCGCGCAAUCACAGUCAGAUAAACUUGUAGUAGAGCACAAAGCUCCCGUUGUGCCAUCUGCUGCUGUCGCAGUUACUAGCGAUUCUGUUUGGCCUUUCAAAACUCUUGUAGAAUUGUUUUUGGUGGAUAUGUUUGAUCCUGCGUGGGAAAUAAGGCAUGGUGCUUGUAUGGGUUUACGUGAGAUUAUUCGGUUUGCAGGUUUUGGAUAUGGACGUGAGGUGGGUAAAAGUCUACAAGAAAAUAACGAACUAAAUACCAAAUACUUUAAUGAUCUUUUAUGUCGUAUUGCUUGUGUUUUUGCUUUGGACAGGUUUGGAGAUUAUUUGGCUGACCAAGUUGUUGCACCUAUACGUGAAUCAGUCAGUCAGGUGCUGGGUGUCGCCCUUAUUUAUGUGCCCGAUAGUUCAGUUCAUUCUAUGUAUAAAGUACUUCAUUCUUUGGUUUUUCAAAAUGAACUAGGUUUGACUCAGAGGGUAUGGGAGGCUGCGCAUGGUGGUAUGCUUGGCAUUAAGUAUCUCGUGGCAAUGAAGUAUCCUAUGUUCUUUUCCCAAUCCUUCUAUCUGGACAGCUUGAUUGACAUAGUAAUUCAAGGCUUAGCUAAUAACGACGAUGAUGUCCGUGCAGUCAGUGCAUUAACUUUGUUACCGGUGGCCGAUAAACUUGUUGCUGGCAAACUGGAUUCUUGUCGUCAACUGCUCAACGUCUUAUGGGAUUGUUUGGACGAUGUUAAGGAUGAUCUUUCUUCCUCAACGGCUAGUGUCAUGGAUCUUCUGUCUUGUUUAUGUUCUUAUGCGGAAGUGAUGGAACUUAUGCAAGAAAAUGCUAGCACUGACUCAAAGCGUUCUUUUAGGACUUUAGUUCCACGACUUUUUUACUUAAUGCGUUACACCCUCAGUGGUGUUCGAAGAUCUGUGAUUUAUGCUUUGAGUAAAUUCGUCUUUACUAAAGCUCCUAAACUGAAUAGCUGGAUUACUGGGUUAACUUUACGACUUUGUUUUCAGAACGUUUUGCUCGAACAACAAGAUGACAUUUUCCAGUCUUCUUUUAAUUUGGCUCAUGACAUUAUUGACGCUUUGUUUUAUCAUGGAACAGAUAAGUUCACUGAAAUGAUGAAACCACAUAUUGAGGCAAUGCUUAAGGUUACGAUGACUCCAAUAGGUUCCACCCGACAUCCUUAUCCAAUCGAUACAUCGUUACUUAUAAAACCAUCUGGUCAACCAUACGCCAUACGAAGUACUUCUCAGGACCGUAAUUCUAAGUUUAUGUUUGACUUACCAUCUCGUAGAAAACAGAGACGACAUGCAGAAUCCGAUUCUGGUUCAUCAUUUUCGUAUUCUGUUGAUGAACCUAUGUUAAAUGGUGACGUAGAAUUCGUUGGUGAAGAGCGCAUGCUGAGAUGUCGUUUGGGUGCUGCAUCCAUUCUAGGUGCAAUUUUAGGACGCUGGAAAAGAGAUGAAAUACUUCCGAUAUUUGAAUCACCCUUAAAGCUAUGUCUUUCAUCUCCAUUUUCUACUCCUGUUGUACUUUGUUCGAGAUUGAUAGAAGAAUUUUUUGCUUUCAAAGAUUCCGAUCUUGCGAUACAAAAGGAAAAGUUUCAUCAAAUGCUUUGCGACCAAUUCACAACUAUUCCUCGUGAAACAUAUGCUAACUUAGUUCCGCAAUUACAUAUCGUCAGGGCUCAAUGUAACGCGCUUUUAAAUACAUUCGUGGAUUUAGGACGUGCGUCAAGGAAUAAAAUACCUGUGUUAGCUGUUGUUGUGAAGGGUGAUGCCGAUGCUGGUCCCAAUGCCUUCGGUAUCGAUGAUGCCGAGAAAAUAAUUGGUCCAACAUUUGAGUCACUGUUUAGCACCCUUUCACCUUCACAAAAAUCUGUGUCUGGCAAAACGUUUAGUGAAAUGAAGUUGUUAGUCAGUGAUGAAGUAUCCAUGUAUAAGGAUCACAAGGAUACUAUUGAUAUACAGUGUGCUGCUGCUCUAGCAUCCGGUAUAGUUUCAUAUGAAAAACUACCGAAGAAAUUGAAUCCAAUUAUUAAGGGUAUAAUGGAAUCUAUAAAAAAGGAAAGAUUUUCUUGUCUUCAAAGACAUUCAGCGAUGGCCAUGAUGAAAUUAAUUUCUUCAUGUUACAAAGAGUCUCGCCAAAAUAUUUCUGAAAAAAUAGUGAAGAAUUUAUGUGCUUAUGUUUGUAUGGAUACUUCGGAAACUCCUAUAUUUGAGGAAUCGGAAAAGCGAGGUAUCUUAUCGAUUUCCAAUAGCGAAUCCGAAGUUGAAGAAAUUGAUGGUGAGAAAAUUGGUAAAGUUACUGAAGGGGAGGUAGAUGAGCGCCGUAAAACUCGGUCUAGUAGCACUGAAAAGGAUGCUGCAAUUCUUCAAAGAGUAGGUGCUCAACUAACCCUUCAGUUAAUGGCGUCGACUUUUCGUAAUCGACUGUUUGAAGAUGUGCCCGUAUUAUCUCAAUGCUUAUUUUCUCCUAUAAAACGAUUUAGUGAAGAAGGCAUUCCCACGGAUGCGGAUGGUAAAAAGGAUCACACUUUCGGUCAGGACUUACUUGAUGCCAUGUCUAUUCUUCGAUUUUUGGUUCCUAAUUUAGAUGCUGACUUGUGCGGCUAUAUAACAGAUAUUUUACCACAUUUACUUCCAGCUGUAUGCUGUGAAUACAGUUCUAUAAGAUUUAUGGUCGCAAAAUGUCUCGCAUCAGUAUCUGACUCCGUUACCGCCGGUUCAAAAGCAUUACGGAUGCUUGUGGAAAACAUAGUUCCGUUAUUGGGUGAUCCAACAAAUAUUACACAUAGACAAGGUGCUAUUGAAUGCAUUUAUCAGGUGGUACAACGACUUGGCGUUCGUGUUUUACCUUAUGUACUUUAUCUUAUUAUCCCCCUCUUAGGCAGGAUGAGUGAUUCCGAUAAAGACGUAAGGACUUUAGCUACUUCAUCAUUUGCAACACUCGUCAAACUGGUACCACUUGAAGCAGGUAUCCCAGAUCCCGUUGACCUUCCCCAGGAACUUAUUGAUAGCAGAGAAAAAGAAAGGCGUUUCCUUGAACAGAUGUUAAAUCCUACGAAGGUCGAUUCUUUUGUAAUGCCCGUAGCUAUUAACGCGGACCUUAGAAAGUAUCAGCAAGAGGGUGUCAACUGGUUGGCAUUUUUGAACAAAUACGAAUUGCAUGGGAUCCUUUGUGAUGAUAUGGGUCUCGGAAAAACGUUACAGACAAUAUGUGUAGUAGCCAGUGAUCAUCACAAUCGUCAAAAAGCUUUUGAAGAAACUAAAAGCCCGAGAUAUGCUCACGCGCCUUCUCUUGUGGUAUGCCCGUCGACUUUAGCUGGACAUUGGCAGCAAGAACUACUUACAUAUGCGCCGUUUUUGAAAGUCCUAUUAUACGUGGGACCUCCCACCGAUCGAUCAAAGUUACGAAAACAACUUAAAGUGGUGGAUGUCGUGGUAACUUCCUAUGACAUUUGCCGAAAUGAUAUGGAUUCUCUUGUUAAAGUUGAUUGGAAUUACUGCGUUUUAGAUGAAGGUCAUGUCAUAAAAAAUGCCCGUGCCAAACUUACUAAGGCAGUUAAGUGUCUGAGAUCAUAUCAUAGACUUAUACUGUCUGGUACUCCAAUUCAAAACAACGUUUUGGAACUUUGGUCUCUCUUUGACUUCCUGAUGCCUGGCUUUUUGGGGACAGAAAAAAUAUUUCAUGAAAGAUUCGUGAAGCCAAUUGCUGCAAGUCGAGAUGCGAAGAGUUCAUCUAAAGAAAGAGAAAGAGGAACAUUGGCUUUGGAAGCAAUACACAAGCAAGUCCUUCCUUUCUUGUUACGCCGUUUGAAAGAGGAUGUUCUAGCUGAUUUGCCUCCUAAGAUAAUUCAAGACUAUUAUUGUGAGAUGAGCGAUUUACAGCGAAAGCUCCAUAACGAAUUUAUCUCUCAAUUAAAUAUUAACGAGGAGCUUGAAGUUAACGUAGAUGAAGAAGAAAAUAAGAAGCCUGCGAAAAAGAAAUCACCUAAGGGACAUAUUUUCCAAGCAUUGCAAUACAUGCGUAAACUCUGCAAUCACCCUGCUCUGAUAUUGACUGAAAAACAUCCCAAGCGUGAUGAAAUUUCGAAACAAUUACAGAAAGAACACAGCACUCUUCAUGAUCUUAAGCAUGCUCCUAAGUUGUUGGCACUUGGUCAAUUACUUAAGGAUUGUGGUAUAGGUGAUACCUCGUAUAGUGGUGGAGGAGUUGACUCAACUUUAACUAAUCCUGUGAGUGAGCAUCGAGUACUUAUUUUCUGUCAACUUAAAGAUAUGUUGGACAUGGUUGAGAAAGAUCUUUUACAAGCUACUAUGCCGAGUGUUUCCUAUAUGAGACUUGAUGGUUCUGUUGAGCCUACGAAACGUCAGGAGGCUGUUACGAAGUUUAAUAAUGAUCCUUCUAUUGACGUCUUGUUAUUGACAACGCAUGUCGGUGGUCUAGGCUUGAACUUGACGGGUGCCGAUACUGUUAUUUUCGUUGAGCAUGACUGGAAUCCUAUGCGUGACUUGCAAGCAAUGGACAGAGCACAUCGUAUUGGGCAGAAGAAAGUUGUAAACGUAUACCGAUUAAUUACUAAGGAUUGUCUUGAAGAGAAGAUAAUGGGUCUACAGCGAUUUAAGAUGAAUGUCGCUUCGACAGUUGUUAAUCAACAAAAUAAUGGUCUAGCCUCUAUAGGGACAGACCAGAUAUUAGAUUUGUUUGAUACCAAUGCCGAUGAACAGAAAGCGGAUGAGAAAAAACAAAAGAUUUUGGACACGGAUAACCAAGGUCUAAGCUCUACUUCAAAGAAAGCCUUGGAAGGGUUACCGGAAAUGUGGGAUGAAUCACAAUAUGAUGAGUUUAAUUUGGAUGGAUUUAUAUCCUCUUUGCCCAAAGAAGCUCAAUAA